CGUAAUGUUGCUUCUGGCUGGACAUGCGCGUAGGUGAUCGAAAUAUGGCGGCCCAAGUCUGACGAAAACUAUUGAGAUCUGCCCAUAUUUCGACCAAAAAUUGCCAAGGACUGUUUGGCUUGUAGGAGGUAGAGAAACCAGUAACAUAUCACCAGGGUUGUGCAGCCAAUAAAUGGUCAACAUGGGCAGGACCCCACUCAAAGAUCAGAAAGACAGUAAAAAGGAGAGACUGGGAAAGAGUGCUCCUGCGAUGAGCCCUCCACCCAUUAAAGUACCAGAAUCAUCCUUCACUUGGGAGGAGUACCUCAAAGAAACCAACUCCGUUCCAGCACCCCCAGGCUGCUUCCGACAGUCCAGGAUACCCCCAAGUAAUGACUUCAAGGCGGGCAUGAAGCUAGAGGCACGCGACCCACGCAACUCCACCUCCGUUUGCAUCGCCACGGUGAUGGGCAUGACGGGCACGCGGCUCCGCCUCCGCCUGGACGGGAGCGACAACACCAACGACUUCUGGCGCCUGGUGGACUCGUCCGACAUCCAGCCCAUCGGCACCUGCGAGAAGAACGGCGACAUGCUUCAGCCGCCACUCGGAUUCAGAAUGAAUGCCUCCUCCUGGCCCAUGUUCCUCCUGAGAACCCUAAAUGGAGCCGAGAUGGCUCCAGCCACAGCCUUCAAAAAGGAACCUCCAAAGCCUACCCAGAAUGGCUUUAAGGCUGGGAUGAAGCUGGAGGCCGUGGACAAGAAGAACCCUUAUCUUAUUUGCCCAGCCACCAUUGGGGAGGUGAAGGGGGAGGAGGUCUUCAUCAUGUUCGAUGGGUGGCGCGGUGCUUUCGACUACUGGUGUCGAUACGACUCACGAGACAUUUUCCCCGUAGGAUGGUGCGCACUCACAAAGCACAGCCUGCAACCGCCUGGCAAUAGUGUGACUCCCCUCAAGCAGCCUAUCCCCUCCACGUCUCCCUCCAAGCCAUCUCGCCGCUCCAUGCAGACGUCUCUGUACCGGCUGCCCAACCCGCUGCCGCCAUUGCCAGUGCGCAAGGGGGUGCGGGGUCGCCGGCCCAAGAGCGAGACCAUCGCCCUGCUGAAGGCGGUGGCCGCUGCCGCUGCGGCCCAGAACGCAGGGGGACCGCAGGAUGGGGACGUCAAAGUCAUGUCCACCCCCCAGCUAGCCCCCAGACCCCAUAAGAAGAGAGGCCCAAAGCCUGGGAGUAAGCGGAAGCCCAAGAUCCUCCACACCACCCUGUCGACUGCCACCGCUGAGUCCAGGCUCCCUGGUGGUCUGAUGUCCCAGGAUGGACCAAACCUGGGGUCUGGAUCCUCUGUGGUCUCCACAGUGUGUGUGUACGUCAACAAGCACGGCAACUGCGGCUCGCACCUGGACCGGAAGCAGGUGCAGCGGCUGCCGGACCACUUCGGGCCGGGCCCGGUCAACGUGAUCAUGAAGCAGGCCGUGCAGGCGUGCGUGGACUGCGCCUACCAGCCCAAAGUGCUGCUGGGAUGCCUGCAGGGCCACUCGGACGGAGAGGAGGUGGUCAAAGUCAGGACAGACGGAGGCACCCGUACUGUGAAGCUGCCCAUGGCCUCCAGUGCCUCCUAUGUGCUGCGCUUCCUGGAGAUGGUGUGCCGCCACCUGCAGUGCGACAACCUCUUCAGCAGCCAGCCCUUCAGCCCGUACUUCGCAGCCGCCGCUUACGACAGGAGCAAGUCAGUCAAAGAGGAGAUGUCCGAGGCACCGUCGCUAAACCGAGGCACCAAGCGCAUCUCCAGAGAUUCACCUCCCUACGCAGCUCCUCUCUCCCCCAAGCUGCUGCGCACAGAAGCCCACCCAUCAGAAGCAGAGACCCUGCCUCACGAGGAGAAUGGCCUCCUGAAGGAGCAGCGCUUUAUGGACUCUGCCUCCAACUCCAUGACGCCACGCCCGCAGACACUGAGGAGCACUUCGGAGUACCACCCCCCUCCCAGCAGCCCCUACUACCCCGGGCCUCCCCUGCGCCGUCACUCCUCCAACCCCCCAGACCUCACAUCAGCACGCACCCACAGACGAGUGGAGGGUAGGCCAGCCAGCUCCACCACAGGGCCCGAGUCCCAGGCAGGGGACAGGGAGGUCCCUAGGGGUUCCCACAGGAGCCCGUCCACCUGGUCCAUAGAGGAGGUGAUGCAGUUUGUGUGCGACGCCGACCCCACAGCACUGGCACCACAUGCGGAGCUCUUCAGGAAGCACGAGAUCGACGGGAAGGCGCUGAUGCUGUUGCGGAGCGACAUGGUGAUGAAGUACAUGGGACUGAAGCUGGGCCCGGCGCUGAAGCUCUGCCACCACAUUGAGAGACUCAAGCAGGGGAAGCACUAAGUCCUUUCGCAACGCCAACACACUGGACGAGAGAGGCAAUAUACAAAGAAACUGCAGAGAAACGCAAUAGACUUGAAACCGGGGAGGGGUGCAGGGGUGUGUGUGAGGCGUAGGUGUGUGUGUGGGGGGGGGGGGGGUAGAGGUUGAUGAGAUGGUAAACUAGCAUUGCAUGGAGGAUCCUACUACAUCAGCUGGGGUCCACGUGCACUACCACACAGAGGCAGAGACAGAGGGAGGCUGGCGAUGGGACGCAUGGCCUUUGGGAGACAUGGAUCCUCUGUCUGCGCUCACAGGCUGCCCAACCCCACAGAGAGAAGGAGAGAGAGAGAGAGAGAGAGAGCAAAAAGCCACCCGUUUCCAUGGUAAACAGAGGCACAAACACAGCCAUUAAGAGACACAACACGAGACCUGAUAAAGGAACUGCAGGGAGAGACUGGAGGAGGAAAGGAAAAGACAGAGAGAGACUCAGAGAGAGAUUGAGGCAGAGUUCAUAAGGACAGACAUUUGACCAGUUUGAGGAGCUUUGGUGGAGUGAGAAGAGGGGAGGGCUGACAAGACAGAGAGCUGAGCUGAGAAACGUGAACUUCAGAAGUCACCAUUUUGAUUUUCAACUGCCUCUGAUCUGAGGUGAAUCUCAGAUAGCUGGCCCUGGCUGUCCAGUAGGAUUCUAGACCAGAACACCAGUGUGUGUUUGUGUAUGCGAAUGUGUGUUAAUUCUGCAUGUGUGCGUGCGCGUAUGUGUAUUUGCUAAGAGACGAGACCACAUUACCUCAUCAACUGUCGCGUCGGAGAGCAGACUGUUGGUUCAGAGCCACUCUGUAUAGGCUCGGCUCCAAAACCCAAAGGAUGAGGAAGCACCUCCCCUUCCCCCAGCCCCAUCCCACUCCCCUCCCACCCCCUCCCCUCCCCUCCCCGUGUUUACCGAGCACUGGACACAACAUGCACAUCGACUCUGUGAUGGUUCGUUCGUCUUCUGCUUUCAACUCACUCCACUGUUGUGCAAACAUCCAACAGGGAUGUGUGUCAUCCUCCCUCCCUCCGAAAGGAGGGAUGUGGCCCUCCUCUGAGCAUUCAGUAAUGGCGGUGGAUGAUAGACGGGGGAAACGGGUUUCUUAAAUCAACAAUCCCCCUCUACUUUUCCGAAGAGUCAUCAAGGAAGACAGGAGGGGGGGGGGAUUGCAAAGCUAAAUUAUUUAGAAACUUUGCAUCAGUACAAAUUAUAAACGUUUCAGUAGGAUAAGCAAGACGUUUUUAAACGCUGGCUAGUUUUCUAACUGCUGGAGUUGGGAGAGAACAUAAGUGCACUGCUUGUAUAAUGCCUCUUGAAAAGCCUUUUUCUACACCAAAUAAUAACAGACUCUCUUUAAACGAGAACGACCAGAAAGGAAAAAACGUUUACUUCCCGGAACCCAGCACAGACAAAUAGAGGAGUGAUGAUAUUCAGCAGACUUAAAAAAAAUGUUUUUGCAUAAAGAAAAUCGGAUUACUUACAUUCCCCUCACUACUGGAAGCAACGAAUGGCCCAAAGUACUUGCCCUUUUGGGGGUGUACUGAAACCUGGUUGUCACCAAUUUGCCAUCACCAAUUUUUACUCUCAUUACUAAUUCAUAGCUUAUAUCUCUGGAAGAUGGCUAGUCACAGAUGGUUUUUCAUGUUGUGAAACAAAUUUGUCUUUCAAUCCAGCUAUACCUUACCUGUUGAUUUAGGUCAUCUGUGAUGCCUAUGAGUCAGGUAUACAUACCGUAUAUACAUACAUACAUACAUAUAGAUACAUAGAUAUAUGUAUCUGGGGUUCUGUUUUUCCAUUUGUGAAAAAGAGAAAGGCUUGUUAAAAAUGUCCGUUGUGGAGACUUGCAUGAAAUAAGAAGUCAGAGGACCUAAACCGAAACUGAACCUUCCUCAGUGUAAGCUACUGUACAGAUAUACAGAAUGUCCUCACUUCACAGUGAUUGGUGGUCAUACAAUACAAAGACAGUCACAACAGGGUAAGGCAGCAAUACUGGACGUCCAGAUCCAGACCUCCGUUUUUUAUAUUUGCUGUUUGGAUCCAGGCUCUCUGUCUGCGUUAUUAUUGUGUACAAGACAUUUAAAUGGAAUACGGUCACGUUUCUGGUUCUGUUCCAUCUUAAGUGUACGAAUAAUGCUUUGUUCAGCCCCUUUGGCUUCCUUUUUUUCUGUGUUUUGUUAUUAUGGUUAAGAUAAUCUGUGGUCUACAUGAAGUGAAACGUACUAUUCGUUGUUACACUGAUGAUGAAUUGCUUUUACGUGAUUUCCAGUGUCAUACAAAAUCCUGAAUAUAGCCAGACAGUUUCACAACAUUGUGAAGGACACCUUCAUUACAGGUGAACGUGUCUCUGGUAUUGGCUGUUGGUCACUUACUGCAGAAUGUCUCCUCUUGAAGAGGACCUGAACCUAAAUUUUGUGUUGUGUGAGGACAAAUUGCAUCUCCAAAUUACUGCCCCCUGUUGUGCUGAGCACUUGACUACAGGUCAGUUUGCAGUUUGUUUAUGCCCAGAGUUAGUCUGUCGACAAAACUCUGCAGAUGGCCUUUUUUUUCUCCUUUAUUUAUUUCAGAAGAGAGCUGGCGUAGACAUAUAAAGCGGCCGUAUGACUUCAAGGGCUUGUCCAGAUAGCGUUGGCACUAGUGGUUAGACCAAUCAGAAAGCAACCACACCUCCUGCUCCAGUAGUGACUUCCCACGCAUUGAUGUUAUCGAUAUUGUCAAACAGAUUUCUAUAGUGUUUUAUGGGUUUCACCAUAAAUAUCAGCAACAGGAAUGUACAUUUUUGUAGAAAAGAAAUAUUUUAAGCAUAACAUUAUAUAUGAAAGGGUAGAAAAUGUGAAGUUAAGGGGGAUGGGGUGGGGUGGGGUGGGAUGGAAGAGCUGUGGGGGGGUAUUCUAGACAAUGUAUUUCAUACUGCCUUUUAAUACUUUAUAACACACUUGUAGCUGAGAACAUGGCCCUGCAAAUGACUACAUCAAAAAAUUGCCUUGCUUUACUUCAAGAUCUCUCAGGUUGAAGAAGUCUUUGUUUUGAUCCGACUUUUGUAAUUAAGCAUUUCUGGGGUGUUUAAUGUGUCCCUUCUCUGUUUUAAUAGUCGCUGUCCAUCUGUUGAACUUUUGUGAUUCUUUUUUUUUUUUUUUGGUGCCAUACAUUAAACAAAAAUGACUGUA